AUGGAAUCGUCAAAUAGAGAUGGUAGUGGCGGUUAUCAUCCCAAUGCACAUGGCGGACGUAGUUCACGAGGGUUUAUGCAUCGAGCUAAGAAUAUUCAUUCAAAGCUAAGUACACCUAUUGAUCCUGAUCUCGACGGUGUAGGUGUUCAUGUAGACAUACCGGAUCUCGCUGAUCGUUUUAAAAAUGGAAAUCAAUUCAAUGUUGGAGCAAAUCUAGAUGGUCCAAAGCCCUAUGUGGAUGACAAAAAUCGUAAAAUCGGAAUUUCUUUAUUAAAUGGAAGAGUCUGUCCGAAUAGUGAUAUUGGUGUCGCCCUUGAGGUUGGCAAACUUGAGGGCAGCAUCGACGGCAUCGGAGUUAAAUACAAUGCUUGUGGGGCAGCAACAAAUUUUGCGUUGGGUCCGAUCGAUAUCGGUGGAAAGCUUGGAACAGCAGAAGCUGGUGCAAAGAUUUGGGAUCCCGAUGUGGGUUUAGAUGCUGGAAUCAAGGCUAACGCCUCAGCCGCUCAAUUGAAUGUAGGCCCUGUCAAUAUGAAUGUAGGUGUAGGAGGUAAGUUCAUAGUAUUCUACUUGGAUUGAAAUUUAAAUAAAGGCUUCUACUAGUUGAUACGGGUGUGAAGGCUGGGAAAGAAGGGGUAGGAGUGGAAAUUCUGGGAACGGGUUUCCAGAUUGGUCGAACCACAGGAGUUUCGCUUUUUGGAUCAAGUUUGUCUUUCAAAUUAUGGUAAAAUUCGUCCUGAUUUCCACGAACAUUUUUGAAUGGCAAUGUGGUGGUGAUGUGUUAUUAUUUUGAAUUAAUAGACGUCUAAUGGAUACAUUCUUUGCUGAUUAUUAUGAAUUUUAUCGUCAAUUUUUUAGACUUUUCUAAGCAUUGAAUUUAUAUUUUAUUUUAUACAUUAAAAAUGUCUUUUAAAACAAUCAAAAACAUACUGAUUUGUGUUUUCAGUAUAUGGAUGCUUUUUAGAGUAACAAAGAUACAUAAGGGUGUGGGUGCGGGUGUGGGUGUGGGUGCGGGUGUGGGUGUGGGUGUGGGUGUGGGGGGUGGGUGUGGGUGUGGGUGGGGGUGGGGGUGUGGUGGGGGGUCGAG